UCUCAAUCGAUCUCCGGGCUUUGUUCUCGCUAUCGACGACGAGCAAUACCACUUCGAUUCGCUGGAGAUUUUGUCCAAAAAUUUUCGCCGUUUUUGGCCGAAAACCUGUUCCUUUUUGCUUGGAUUUGCACCCAGAGUUUGAUUUUCAUAAUAGGGAGGUGUGUCUCUUUGUUUUCGUCCGAAAAGCUGGGUUUUUUUUUUUCUUGAAUGGGUUUUUCUUAGAUUGGUGCUGAAGAAGGGCGUGUUGAAUGGGUUGGAGUGUGUAAAUUUUGAGAUUUAUAGUUUGAGAUCGAAUGAUUUUGCCGUGAAAGCUGAAGAUUUCGCUUUUUGUUGGAGAUUGGAGUGGACCCAAACCAAGCUAAGAAAGUCAGAGAAAUCGAAGUGGACCAUAGUCAGGGUGCUGAUUCCCGUGAGUUUUCAACAAGAAAUCAAAGUUUAAAUCGAUCCGGAGAAGCCUCGAGCUCUCCCUUGUUGCAUGUUUUUCUAGGGUUUGGAUCAAUCUCAGCGAGUGAAACCGACCGCUUUCGUAUUAGAAUUAAAAAAAGGGGAAAAAAACAGUGAUGUUGUGUGUUUCUCUGUGCCAUAAGUUUCAUGACUGGUAGCUGCCCUUUUGAUGGCCUGAUGAAUGAUUUGUGGCCAAGGACGAAGCUUUAGUAUUAUUGCCUAAUUUUUUGGGUGAAGGUGCAAUUUAUAGAUUUGAGGUAUGGAUGUUGAUCCUUUGUUGAAGGAUCUUUCGGAGAAAAAGCAGAGUUUUCGGAGGAGUGUUGUUUCUUUGGCUUCAGAACUCAAGGAUGUUCGUACCCGGUUGGCUUCACAGGAGGAAUCAAUUGAAAAAGAGAUGGUUAAUAGAAAGAUGGCGGAGACAAAGGCAAGGACCUUGGAAGAAGAGAUUGGAAUUUUGCAGAGGUGUUUAGAGGAGAGAGAUGGGCAGUUGCAGGCAUCUACUUCUACUUCUGAGCAGUAUCUCAAAGAGUUGGAUGAUUUAAGAUCACGACUUUCAAUCACUCAAACAGCUGCAAAAGCAAGUGCUGCAUCAGCUGAGUCUGCGCAAUUCCAAUGCUUGUCCUUACUGAAGGAACUAGAUGAGAAGAACAGCUCCUUAAAAGAACAUGAGGUCCGGGUCAAUAAACUAGCCGAGCAGUUAAACCAUCUGCAGAAAGAUCUCGAAACACGUGAGCUCUCUCAGAAGCAACUUAAAGAUGAAGUCAUGAGAAUGGAAGAAGAAAUCAUGCAUGCAAUCUCAAAAUCUGGAGCUAACAAAGAUUGCAAACUCAUGAAGAUCUUCGAUGAAGUUUCUGCAAAGAAUGUUGAGAACUUACAGAAACAUCUGAAUUCCAAAGACGAGGAGAUUGCUAGACUGAGAGAUGAAAUAAGGUUCUUGUCUGCUCAUUGGAAGCACAAAACCAAAGAACUGGAAUCUCAGCUUGAGAAACACCGAAGAGCGGAUCAAGAACUGAAAAAACGCAUCGUAAAGCUUGAAUUUUGCCUCCAAGAAGCGCGAUCUCAAACAAGAAAACUUCAGAGGAUGGGUGAAAGAAGAGACAAAGCGCUGAAAGAAUUGAGAGAUCAAUUAGCAGUAAAUGAGUGUGGUUGCACAAACAAGAAGAGUCUAUGGGAGAGUUCUAAUUUCAAGAUCAUUGUAUCAAUGUCUAUGUUGUUCUUGGUUGCCUUUUCAAGGAGAUGAGUUUAUUUAUGAUCCCCUUGUAUAUAGAGUUAUGUAGAACUCUAGAACUCCUUGCUAAUCAUAGUAACUUUUUCUCAUUUUUGUUGAGAAACUAAAAGACAACAUGAAAAUAGAUUGUUAAAUCA